GUUGUUUCCUAACAGAAGAUGUCAUGCUCAAGCGGCCACCAUUCUAAGUGAGGAUCAGGAUGAUGAUCAUGGUGGUAGUGAAGUUCAUGUUCAAUUUGGCUGAUCGCCGACUCUGCGGCAUUGGCCUUGUCGUGCCGGAAACCCGAGCUCUUCCUGUCUACGACUCGUCUAUGCCGUGCACACGCUUGGAUAAGGCUAUGCAUUCGCCGUGUCAAUCUACGUCUACUAUUCUGCGUUCUCAGGCUAUGAUAGCAGUCCUUCUGGUCUGUCAGAUUGCAAUGAUUACUAGCGAUCAUUAUCAUCAACACUGAGACCGAGUAAUUGGAACAACAAAGUUUUGUAUGGCUACUAUGUCGACCCAUCUUCAUCCAGAAAUGGAUUGUAAUGAAACACUAUCUGUGCUUGCUCUCCCUUCCAUUCCAUGAUGCAGCCACUCUGGCAACAUGUUCUCCUCGGCUUUCUUUUGCUUGAGUCCUCAGCGCAAGGGAAGCUUGUCAACGUAACCAUCGACGAUCAAAGUCCUUCCUUGUUUUACUCUCCUGACAAUGGAUGGACCAACAGCCUAUUACAAUGUACAGGUUGUACUGCACACCCUAAUGCCUCAAGAGCAAUUGACGGAACAUGGCAUGAUUCUACACACGAUGCGGAUGUUGAAGGUCAAGUUAGUCCCAAUCAGAUAUACAACGUAUCCACCUCGUUUAACGGCACAGCCAUCUAUGUGAAAUGCAUACUCGCCGAAACCACUUCUUCACCCGACGGGGACUCAGACAUGAGCUUCUACAUUGACGACAAUCUCGUUGGCCAGUUCACAAAGGCAGCUCCCGGAAAUCCAGUUUACGAUUAUAAUGUUACCGUGUAUUCCAACACUUCUAUUCCUGCUGGUCAGCACAGAUUCACACUUCAGAACGGACACGUUGGCGGAAUAAAAUCCUUAGCCCUUUUCGACGCUUUCGUGUAUUCCUACGAUGAUGGUCAAUUGGAUCAUAACCAAACCGGGCCUACCACGGACACUGGCAUGCCAUCCAAGGGCCCGAACGUAAGCGCCAUAGUCGGAUUCUCUGUUGCAGGGUCUCUCGUCCUGGUUUUAGGCAUCUUUACCUUUCUUCUAUUCCGGCUGCGAAGAAGACAAAGGUUGAAGUCUAACACAGAGUCCACCGCAGAAGUUCCCGGCAACAACCAGACUGUGCACAGCGACUCCGCGAUAAUGCCAUUCCUUCUGGGCGGUCAUCAUACACAAUCAUCAAUUACCGCUGCAUCUUCCAUCAAUAGGUGCGGCUCCCGACACACGAAGAUUACUCAGAGCCAGUGCAAGGACAGAAGCAUCACUCAAGCGUCCCAUCUGGCUGCUGGUCCUUCAGAAUAUGGGGAAGCCCCACCGUCAUAUUACUAGAUCCCCAGACCAGGGGAGCUCAAAUUGAUCUCGCGCGCUGAUAAUAUUGUCAUUUCUUCUUCAUCUCACCUUCAUCAUUGCUUGUACACAUGUGUCGGGACUCAGCUAUUUUUCCUUGACCAGAUGUUGUUUUUCUUCACCCUUAUAGGCUACCCCUUUUGGGUAACCUAAAUGUUGAGCAGUGGACCUGGGAGCUUGGGAGGACACAGUGGUGAGAGUGCGUGGCGAUAUGAGCACAGGGAGGAUCAGACUGUAAGGACAAAAUAAAAUGUAUAUCUUAGCGGAUGGUAGGUCGCUGAGAUAGGUAUGUAUGGUACCUGUAAGGAC